UCUUGAUUGAUCGGGACAGAUAAGGGGACUCCCUUUAAAAGGAAAACAGGUGAUUGUUUGCAUCAAGUUCGUAGGAAAAACUCAACAAAACCUAAAGGAAUCAUCGUGUCCAGGGAGAAGGAGCAGGAUCAUGAGUGGCUGUCCCUUCCGAGAAAGAUAUGCAUUUCCUUCAGAAGCGCAGGAAAGCUAUGACGCAUCACAAGAUGGAACAAACAAAGCAAGUAAAGGUGGAUUGAUAUAUGGGGACUACCUCCAGUUGGAUAAAAUAAUCAACGCACAAGAAUUACAGAGCGAAAAGAAAGGAAACAAAAUACAUGAUGAACAUCUGUUUAUUAUAACCCACCAAGCUUAUGAAUUGUGGUUCAAGCAGAUUCUUUGGGAAUUGGAUUCAGUGCGUGAAAUAUUUCAGAAUGGUCAGGUAAGAGAUGAGAGAAAUAUGUUGAAAGUGGUUUCAAGAAUUCAUCGAAUUGCAACGAUACUUAAACUCCUGGUGGACCAGUUUGCAGUUAUGGAAACAAUGACGGCUUUGGAUUUCUUUGAUUUCAGAAAUUAUUUAGUACCUGCAUCAGGAUUUCAGAGCCUGCAAUUUCGCCUUCUGGAGAAUAAGAUUGGAGUUCCUGAGAAUCUGCGAGUUCCGUACAACAGAAAACACUACAGGGACUACUUCAAAGGGAAGGAGAAUGAGUUACUACUUCGAUCUGAGCUGGAACCUACGCUCUUGCUGCUAGUUGAGAAAUGGCUAGAGAGAACUCCUGGACUUGAGCCAGAUGGGUUUGAUUUCUGGGGCAAAUUGAAAAUCAACAUUGACAGAGGACUGAGAGACGAAUUUACAGUUAUUCAGUCAAAGCCGGCAUUUGAGGAGAAGGAAGAUAUGCUAUUGGAACUUAACAGACGCAAGGAAGUGCUUACAUCAAUGUUUGAUGUAAGACGUCAUGAACAUUUGUUGAGUAAAGGUGAACGGAGAAUAUCUUACAAGGCAUUGCAGGGGGCUCUCAUGAUCUACUUCUACAGAGAAGAACCACGUUUCCAGGUGCCAUUCCAGUUACUGAAUUCCCUCAUGGACAUUGAUGAACUUAUGACUAAAUGGAGAUAUAACCAUGUUUGUAUGGUGCAAAGGAUGAUUGGUGGCAAAGCUGGCACAGGUGGAUCAUCUGGCUAUCAAUAUCUACGUUCUACCAUGAGUGACCGGUACAAGGUAUUUGUUGACCUGUUUAAUCUCGCAACCUUCUUGGUCCCAAGACAUUGGAUUCCAAAGCUGACAUCGUCCAUCCACAAAUUCCUGUACACCGCAGAGUGUUGUGAUAGCUCCUACUUCAGCAGUGAAGAAUCUGAUUAAAGUCAAAAUCAGCUCAAUGUUUUACAUGGAAUAUAAUUCAGAAAGUAAAGUGCACAAUGUUUAAAAGAUUUAGAAGCUUUUAUUGUCUCCUUGAUCUAAAACCAAAAUCGCAAACACUUGGCUAUCAUAA